AUCUCUGCCUCAACAGAAAAGAAAAUUCAAUCUUCUGAAAAUCAAAGUAAUACAUUUAUUUGUUUCCAUCAUAAUCUUCCUAGGAAAUUUCUUGCGAGCUUCCUGAAUCAUCUUCUCCGAAAGUUGGAAUUUCACAAACCGUAACUACUUCCGUUAGCCAUUUGCAUAUAUAAAUAUACAACGAACCCCCUCAGGAUGCUGUCAUCGUAUGCGCAAGAAACACUCAACAACAAAGCAUCGUUAUUUCAUGUUCAUGGUGACUUUCUCUUUGCCAACGACAUGUCCCCCCUUAGCAAGAACGACUUGCAACGGAUUUUUGAGAAGCUUGACAAGAAUGGGGAUGGCUUGGUUAGCCUGGAGGAGCUCAACUGGCUCCUGGUGAGAAUUGGAGUGCAGUUCAGCCUGGAGGAGUUGGGGUCCUUUGUGGGAAAACCAUGUCUCGACUUCAAUGAAUUCUUGUUCUUUUAUGAUUCUAUCUCGAACCAGAACGAUGAUGGCAAGAACAUGGAGCCAGCAGGAUCAGGGGAGGAGGAUGGAUUAAUCCAAGCCGAUGAAGACAGUGACCUUGUCAAGGCUUUCAAAGUGUUUGACUUGAAUGGCGAUGGCUUUAUUUCCUGCGAGGAGCUUCAAAGCGUGUUGGUACGACUUGGUUUGUGGGAUGAAAGCAGCGGCAAAGAUUGCAGAAACAUGAUUUGCUUCUACGACACCAACUUGGACGGCAUGGUCGAUUUUGAAGAAUUCAAAAACAUGAUGUUGCACACCAUUUCUUAAUUCCAUUGUGUGAAAGUGCAGAGAAGGUUCAUGAUUAUUGAUUGCCUUUUGGUUCUCAUUUGAGCUGAUGAUGAUGAUGAUUAUGUACCAUCACCCUCAUCCCUUUGUCAAUAUAUAUCCAAGUGUUUUUCUUGUCAUCGGUAUUAUUAGCAACUAUUUUUAAGCAAAAUUUUCCCUAUGA